AACUGACGGAACGACAUAACCUAAGUAGCCCGCAGACGAGUAUCACGAGGGGAUACUCGAGACAUAAUUCGCUUCGCCAGGCUCGAACGUUUCCCUUUUAGAAAUUUACACUUCAGUCUCGUUUCUGACGACUGACUCAUCUGCGACAGUCCCCAUUUAUCUUUGUCGCACGGACUAGAUAAAAUCGCAGCUGUUGUGCGACUUGUUUACUAUCUCUACGCUCUACACGAUCCAUAAUCUAUCACACCAUUCACUGUGCAUCGUAUUGCAUCCCUUUUGCUUCGCCGCAGUGGAGAAACAAAGAGAGAAAGAGAAGGAGAGAGAAAAGUGAGAAAGAAAGAUUAGGUUAUGGUUAUCGCACGCACCACGUGACCGUGGUCACAUAACCUGCGGACACGCACGGAGCGACGUAGAAGUUGCGGUGUAAUCAGAGCUUCGAUCUGUCACAUUUUAAUCAGCGAAUCCGCAAACGAGGAGAACGUUUCGCGUUUACAUCAUUGAGGCGAUUUGAUGAUUCCAUCGAUCCAGUCGCACGAUCUAAUUUCGCCUCGUUUUCAAUUGAAUAGCGAGAAUGCCACAAUCAGGAAGAAAUUUUUCGCGAGGCCGACACGAUGUAAUUCGUUACCUGAAGAUCAUCGCCUUUGUCAGGACGUGUAGCCGAUUAAUCGAACGAGUCUCCUAGACGCGACCGUUCGAUUUUCGCUGCUGUCAAUGGCAGGCACGAUGCUUCAUCUUAAAAAGGGAAGACUCCGUCAUCGAUAAUAAUCGAUCGGAAAUUUUCGAAAGAAAAAAGAAAAUGGUAAGUCAUGAUAAACGAUGCGUUCUUUGGAAUUCUUUCGCGUUACAUUUUCUGCAUUUCAAGUGAGAUCGAGGCUCGAAUGGGAGAAGAAACGGAGCGAGUAGCAUCGGAGAAUCUUGAGAGACGUGUGGAAGAUGCGAUUGAGAAGAAAUCACGCUAAUCGCUACGGAUUGUAUGGAGACAUGAGUAAUAUCUGUCACUCGUGCGUUUGACUUCUUAGGCUUCUAAUAGAAGCGAUCUCUUGAUGAAGGGCGGAUAGAAAAACACGGGAUUGAAAGAUAGGCGAGAGACGGACGGAGCGUCACGUGAUCGGGACGCGACGUCAGAGACACCAUCGAUGGGUGGCGCCAGUGUACGGAGAGAGAGAGAGAGAGACGGCGAGCUUUACUAGUGUGGUGUCGAGUCGAGCCGAGCGGAACAAGAACAAGACAGCCGCGCUAGGAGCGAUUUCGAGGAUGUUCUGAGACGGUCAACUACACGAUCAGGGACGCAUCCUAGGAAUCCUAGAAUCACCGUAAGGUAAAGGAUCUGUUUACGCUCGACAUCUCGUGCGCAUUCGCGUGCGUUCUCGCAGUACCUUCCACACGCUGAUACUUUAUGGUUGCGUGGAUGCUAAUAUCUCACAAUUGAGUUUGUACCCGGGAUGGGUGAAGGCUUCCUGAAUUACCUCUAGUAAUGCAGCAGUUUAUAGGUGAUCAAAAUGGCGUCCCAUGAGAAUAGCGAAGAGUUGGUAAAGUCUUCUGUCACAGAUAAAGCAAGUGCGACGGCACAAUCAAAGACAGAUGAGAAAAAAUCACCAAUUACUUUACCACUAGUUCAGCAUAAUGAGCUGAAUAAUACAACCGAUAUAAAAGAGAAGAAUUCAAUAUUAGAUACAACCGAUCAAAAUAUAAUACAAAAAAAUAAUUCAGAAACGAAAUGUGAGGUUCUGAAUGUAAAAAAUGAAAAUGGAGAAGAUUUAAAGUCAUCGAUAAUUAAUACGAAUAAGCAAGACGAUGAUAAGAUGGAAAAGAAACAGGGGACACAAAAUGUAGCCUUAGAAGCAAAAAAUACAGAUGAAGAAAGGAGUAUCAAGAGUGAGAGUGGUAAGGAUACUUCGACUAAGGAAGGAACCAUUUCAAAACGAAAGCGAAAACCUACAAGCAAUCCGACGACGAUGGAAUCUCUUAUGGAGGAGAGUGGGACUAGAAGCAAGAGGAAAAAGCUGAAGCCUGGCAAUGAUCGAUUUUGUUGGCGAUGUCACAAAGAGAAGGUUGAUGCUUUCUGCACUGCCUGUCCUCGUUCAUGGCAUCGCAAAUGUAUAGGUGGUAUGCCAUCAUCCUUGGAGAAGUGGAUAUGUGGAGAAUGCGCUACCAUCUUGAAAGCAGAAAAUGCUGAGACGCGUUCCUUGGCUAUGGCACAAUUGUCUAUCGAUCAAUUGUGUAUGUUGCUCAAACAUGUGGUUGAGAGGUUAUGCGAUUAUCCAGGUUCUGAACCAUUUUGCAAACCGGUGGAUCUCGUAGAAGUGCCAAAUUAUCUGGAUUAUGUUAUUAAACCAAUGGACUUAAGCCUGUUGGAAUCAAAUGUACGAUCUAAACUUUACGGCAGUACCGAUGCGUUCAUGGCUGAUGCAAAGUGGAUUCAACACAAUUGUAUCGUGUUCAACACAUGUGGCGGAGUUUACACAGACACAUCGAAACUGACAAAUGCGGCAAAGCAGCUUAUUAAAGUAGCACGUCAGGAAGUCUCGGAGAUCGAAGCCUGUCCCGAUUGUUAUGCGCACGGUCGGAACUUGUCGAGGCCUCAACCUUCGUGGUUUGUCGAGCCCUGUCGUCGACCGCAUCCACUUGUAUGGGCCAAAUUGAAGGGUUUCCCGUUCUGGCCAGCAAAAGCAAUGCCUCGCGUGAACUCUCAAGGAUUCGUAGACGUUCGCUUUUUCGGUGAACACGAUCGUGCUUGGGUGUCACCAAAAGAUCUCUACUUGUAUUCCGAAGAGCCACCCGCACCACAGCCUCGUAAACGGAAAACUGAUAUGGAUGAAUGUGUGCGAGAGAUCACUCGGCAUUGCAGAAAACUGGCGCUUAUGUUCGGCCAGUUCAAAUUUGCACCGCCUAAAAUCCAGUACAAUCCAAACGAUCCAAUGCAGAUACAGCUAAUGCUACCGAAUUACAAUCCUCUAGAACCUAAUAAUCAUUUUUCUAAUCCUGAUAUUUCUCCAACUUCUCCAAAGAAAAAACUUCCUCAGAAAAAACGGAGUUUCAUUAAAGGUAAAUUACAGAGUGAAGAGUCGAUUGAUAUGAGUGAAACGGAUAUUGAUUCGAAACGUAAUAUAAAAACCAUUGUUGAUCGUGAAAAGCAGAGUGAAGCUGCAGCGCCAAAAGUACAAAAAUUAGAUAUUGAUGUUAAGGAUACUUCAAUCUCACAGACUAAUGUAGAUAGUAGUACUAGUAAAUUAGAUAAGAAAAUAGAUCAAGGGGUAAAAUCAAGCCCUCAAGAACUUGCUCAAAAUAAAACAAUGAAAGAUGAAAAAUCAAGAAAUUCGAAGACAUCAACGCUUCGAGCAAGUAGUCUGCCUAAGGAUAAUAUCACAGAAAAUAACAGGACAAGUCCUAACACUAAUAUUAAGAAUAAUUCACAGAAAACGAAGAAUGCAGUAAAAUCAUCUACGGAAAAUUUGCCUAAACUUGCUAUACCACCGACCGAUACGACUAUGACGCGAGUGCAAAAGAGAAACCUUAAAAAUAUUAUUAAUCCCAAACUGGCUCUCUCCCAAAUGGAAAACGCGAAGGUUAGUACGAAGAAUACAAAGAGUAAAGUGCUGAAGCCAAAAACGCGAAUUGUUGAUAAAUUGAAUGCAGAAAAAGAGUUAAACUCUGCUUCCGCGAGCAAGGAAAAUGAGAAAUCAAAUUCGAGCAAAGUCAUGCCUAAAAUGUCUCUGUUGAAAAAUAACAAAGAAUCAUUGGAUACACAAAAGAGCAUACCCGACAUUUCCCAAUCGCCGCUCUCUACUGCACCAAAUAUGACUGUCAUCCACGCCGUUUCACCGAUGAAUCCGAUCAUUCCCGUGACGGAUAAAUCCGUGGUUCUCAUGGUGAAUGAGAAAUCUGACUUUACGAAACAAACAUCGACAGUCGAUUAUCAGAGUAAGAAAGAUGUAAUCACCGUGACAAAGGAGGGACAUCAGAAUUCGCCUUUAAAAAGGGAAAGCAAGGCUAGGAAAAGUCUCCCUGUUAGAUUACAUGGUUCACAAAACAUUCAACAUCCCUUACCAGACACGGAUGAAACCGUUCCAAUUUCUUCAGUUAGACGAGAAACGUCGUCCACAUAUCAAUUAUUACCUCCAGAAGCCGGGCCGAUUAGCGCACGUUUGCAUCAUGAUGCGCACGAACUCGCGAGAAAAAUGGGCCAUUUGAUGGAAGAGGCAUACAAGGAUUUGGCUCAAGAAAGCAGCAAUGGUGAGAAUGGUACUGCUGAUAAUUAUCAGUCGACGAUAUUUUUCUUGCGGAUGCAGAUUGAACAUAUGAAAUGGCAACACCAACAACAAUUAGCUGAAUUGAAACACAAUGCCGAUCGUACUCUGCGUGAGAUGCGCGCGAGUUUAGAAGCGGAGAAACUGCGAUCAGUCGAGGAAGCUCGCAGGGAAGUCGAAGAAGAAAAGAUUCGAUGUAUUGAGGAGACCAAGCGGAAGCAAUGGUGCGCCAAGUGCGGACAGGAAGCAAUGUUUUACUGUUGCUGGAACACUGCUUAUUGUAAUUAUCCGUGCCAGCAGUCACAUUGGACAACACACAUGCAAACCUGUUCCCAUUAUUGGCAGCCCACGUAUAAUGCCAUUGCAAAUUCGGAUGCAAAUCCGAAUCUGCAGCAGAAUAACAACACAGUGCAUGAUUCGACGGGCAAGACAUAUCCUGUAUCACCCAGUAAAUUAAGUGGGAUGCCAUCGUCUACUUCAUCUCAUAAAAAUAAAACCAAUCCAAACGCGCUGUAGACAAAUUGUAACUUAUUUAUCCAAUUCGAUAUUGGUGCAAAUAACAUGAACAGAUAAUAUUGUAGAUAAAUUUAAUAUCUGCAAUUAAGCAAAUCUUUUGAUUCAAACAACUAAAACUUGUACAUUUCACAAUCUGACAUCGUGAAUGUUGUAUGUAGCGAAUUUCUUUUUUUUUAAAUUCCUUCGCUUAUGCGAUGUAAAUAAUUGUAGCAGUUACAAUAUUCUUAUAAUUUUUGGCACCAUGUCGAUACAUUAAGUUACAUAGUAAGAUACAUUAAAUUAAGUUAAAUAGCUCGAAGAUAAUACAAACUUUAUUAACAUUUGUAAUAAAAUUAUUAAUUUUCUUAACGGUACUUUCUUAAUUUAAGUGUUAGAAAGUAUU